AUGCUGAGGAUGAACAGUAAGUCUGAACAUCCAACCUUCAGACGGGCUCCUAAUGGGACCCUCAUCCUGAAAGCCUCCAGAGAGGCUCAGGGUGUGGGACCCCAGAAGGGAGCCUACAGGGCCAAACCCACGGAGGAGGUGGAGGCAGACGCGCGUGCCCACGUCGUCCGGGAGGGUGGGGAUGUCUCCAACGCCGCCCUCAUCCUCAGCAGGUACCUGGGGAGAACCUUCCUCUGGCUGCUGGAGAACGCCGUGAAUCUGGUCACCUCCCACCAGAAGGAGCGUGAGAGGACGGGGUCUCAGUCUCCGCUCAUGGCCAACAAGGACGCCCUCCUGCGUUACUCCUCAGCCUACCCUGACUUUCUGGAGGCAGUCAGGUUCCACCGGGCAUUUGAGGAGGCGCAUGCCAGGUCUCUACAGCCUGGCCAGGAGGGACAGGCUCUUGUUGGCUUUGGUGACUUCAAAUAUGAGACCCUUCAGAGCCUCUAUGAGUCUGUGGACCCCAAGAAGAUCCGAUUUGUCAACUACCUGCGGAGGACUUCGCCUGCUCCAGGUUCCCAGAUGGAGAAAGCCGUGGGAUACGUUCGGCGCAGAGACAGACAGAGGACCGGUGCCACGGCUGCUGCUGCCACCUCAGGGGGAGCGUCUGUCUCAGUCUCAGUGGCUCAGACCUGGGUGCACCUGACUGGGAUGCUGCCAUAGGGGAGGAGGAGGAGGAGGAGGAAUCUGGUGGGAAGAUGGUGGGGUCAUCCUCAUCAGAUUGAAUCCCCUCAUCCUCAUCCUCAAGGGUGGAAACGGCAGCACCCUCAUCCGGAGCGUCAG